AUGCUAUAUAUACUCGACUUCUACAUUCGAGAGUUCCAUAUAUUGCUACAUUUUUUAAUACAGCCGUCGUCUUUUUGUAUUAUCAUUCAAGGUAUUCAGUUGUGUCCGCCUAAUGUGAUCUCCUGCUUGACAAAUUCAAUCGUUGAUGGGAAUAUCAUUCACGAAGCAGCCGUAAAAAGCAGAGGGAAUGGAGAACAAAAUUUUACGAUACCAGAUGCAAUCCAAAUGGCCUUGUCUCUUUCCUUCACCUCUUUCAGGAAAUCGACUUUUGUUCAGUGCCAGGACCCCUUAAUACCGAACUCCCCUUUAUCUCGGGAUUUACGCCUAUUCCUCUUGUUAAUUGCUUUCGAAAGGACUGUGUUGAUAGUUUUUGAACGUGCAACUUCGUCGCUCACACUGUUUGACUCUCACAUGCAUGGCCACUCAGAAGGUACACGUCACAACAUCUUUCUUGUUUGGCAUAUUUGCCUCAACAUCUGUAACACACAACUUAGGAAAGAGAAUAAACUGGAAAGAAGGAUAGCAAGUGACUAUGACCAUCUGACACGAAUUGAACUCGCAACUCUUCGGCAAGCUGAGCCUCCGUGUUCGGUGUCUGCUCUGAGUUUCCGUGUAAGAAAUUACGAGCUUUCUUAUUUGAAGUUUCCAUGGUCCGUGAAGAGCGCAUGUGAUAAUGCACGGCGGUGUCGUAAACGACAUCAGGCUAUGGAUUCUAAAAAUUUAUUUUGA